UGUAGGAGUGUUAAAUUACACCAGUAUCAUUCAGAUAAGCAAAAUCUGACACCAUCCAUACAUUUUACCAGUUCUUCCAGCUAGAAGGAUCAUAUGAUUCACUAAAUUCUGAUGGAGAUAUAGUUAGAUACAGUACAUUUUAAUACUUUAAUAUUUUAGGGCUUGAUCUUUUGGAUAAAUGCAGACAUUAAGAUGAGGGCAAACUUAGUGUGCACACACCGUUGAUAUUCUAUGUAGGCCUUAAUGUUCCACAAUAUGCAUUCUGUUCCACUUAACAUAUAAGGGAGUUCUUUAAACAGAGAGAUGCAGUGCCCUCUUAAUUAACUUCUUAAGUUUCUUUGACAUGUUUAGAUUUUCUUUUUCAUUCUACCUUUCUACUGUAUUGAUUCCUUGGGGUCAAACAGCAUUUUAUUUAUGCUUAGUGUUUAAUCUUAUUAACAAGAGUAGGUUACUGAAAUUGAGCAGACAAAUUACUCAAAAUACAUGCUUGCUGCAGAAUCAACCUUCCAAAUAAUUGAGAAAAAAAUACUUUUAAAUUCUUCACUGUCUUGAAAUCUUUCUCUCUGGAAGAGAUUAUAUAGUCAUUCUUUAUGGACUACAGUGUUUUAGUAUAAUCUAUACAGUGCAUAUCUCUAAAAUAAUGCCCAUAUUAAAUGCAGUCCUAUAUAAACUACAUGAAAUUGGAGAAUACUCUCAUAAGGUAUAAAUUUUAAUGUUGUUAUUACAGAAGAAACAGAGUUCUUAAAUGCAUGUCUGGUGCUGGCUUUGUCUUUAUUGGCUUUUCUUGCUAUUGAAUAUGUCUGGACAAACUGUAGCACUAACAGCAUGUAUCUUUGUGCAUCAUGAAGUGGUGGAGCAUACUGAUGGAAAUACAUAAUAUUUGUUGUUGAUAAGUAUCCAUUAUAACUGAGGAUUUAGUAUGACUAAUAAUGCUAAUGGUACCAAGGAUAAAAAGUGAAACAAAGAACAAGAAUUGAAAAAAGGAUCAAGAAACCUGUGAAUGCCAAUAGGCUUCACAUUCUUCAAGAGCAAAUGGAAUCUUUUAAACUCUUUGGAGUUUCAGUCUGCUCUGAAUCUCCAGGACUGCUUCUUUGGAAAUCAAACACCCCCCAUCUUCCGUCCUCCUCCACCUUCCAGCAGCCUUCUAAAUCUGUUAGCUUAUAUGAAGAUAACCUAAGUAGAUUUCCAGUCUCAAAGUGAUUUGAUGGGUUUUUUCUUUGUAAUGAGGGUAGCAAAUCAGAAAAUGAAUAAUCCUUUUCAAAGGAGAAAUGAUCAUUUUUUUUUCUUCUGGGAUCAGACCUCUGAAGUCUGUGAUUGUUCAAAGAUUUUCUUCCAUGCCAAUCUUUCUUCCUAACUCUCAGUAAUAAUAGCAUUAAGAAUGCACAGAAUAAGGGAAAAAAUCAGAUGCUUUCCAUGAUAUCUCAGUUUAAUCCAUGUGCUGUCAUGCUCAGAGCUUACCAGAAGAGAAUGAACUCCAGCAACCUGUGAAGUCAGCUGAAGUCUUUAAACGUUUGGGAUGUAAUGAAGCUGUUGAAUUCAGAGAGGAAAACACACCUAAUGAAAGCAUGAUGGAUGUGGAAUAUUUGCAAAAAGAUAACUCUUCCAGUAAACCUAAACACACAGAAAAUAAAUUGGAAACUGACAGAAGAAAAUUAGAUGUAGACAUAUAUGAUAAAAUCAAAACUGAUAGAAUAUUAAAGCAAUUUUUAAAUUUCAGUGGCCAAGAAAGUAGCAUUAGUGGCAACAGAGAAAAUAAGCUACAUACAGAGCAAGAGAAUUUAAUGGGCUUUGGUAAUCAAAGUAAAGAAGAAGAAAAUGUUGGAAAAGAUUGUUUUGUUUCAGCUGAGAUCUGUGUGAGUGUGAAUAAGGAUCCUGGUGAAAUGUUAAAUGAGCAAAUUGUUAAUGGAGAGAGACAGAAAACAGAGGCAGUAUCAAAGAAAUUGCCUGAAGUGGAAGUGUUACACAAAACCACAGGAAAAAAAUUUUCAAGAAAGGCAGGGGGUGAUGUUUCAACAGAGGAAGAAUAUGAGAUGCAAUCACAAACUAAUUUUGAGCUAACAAUGAAGAAAGAUGAAGUUACUCCAAAAACUGGAAGGCAUGCCCUGGAUAUCAGCCUUUACAAGCAACCAAGAACCCAUUUUGAAUGUCAGUGUAAAGAACAUUGCUUUAUGGAAACUAAUAGCCAUAAUACUUUAAACUCUGAAGACAGACGGUUUCAAGUGUGUGGCGAAAAAGGCGACUCUCUUUCAGGUGUAAGGGAUGCAAUAGCUUUAGAGAAAGUUGCAUCCUCUUCCAGAGAGCUGGCAGCACACAAUGGACGUGAAAAAACAAAGUUAAAUUUGCAAUCUGUGAGCAAUCCAGGUGUUUCUGCUGUUGUUGAAAGGGAUACAACCAAACUGCACAGAGCAUCUCUGGAUAAAAGUUACUUCAUAGCAGAAAACAUAAUCAUAGAAAAAUCAAAUUUAAAUCCAAAUGAAGCCAAGAGUACAAUGCGAGAAAUUUUGGCUGUUUCUCCAGGAAAUAUUUCAGGAAAUAUGCAGCAAAAGUCUCUGAAUCUUAUCCAUUAGAUUUUGAAGUGUCACCAGUGCAGAGUGAUCCAAGUUUAGGUACAGAAUUGUUAGGAAAUGCUGGUGAUUUAAAUGCAAAUACAGCCCUCUCAGAAAUUAUUUAUGGAGGAGAGGAUUAUGUUCCAUUAUCAGAACAUCGAUUAGCAAAAAAGCUUCUGAGUCAUGAUGAGAAAGUAAGUGAGAAGAAAAUAUCAUAGGGUAAAAUUUAUGGUUUGGACAACAUAAAUAUAAGUGGGGAGAAGCAGAGUGGAGAAGACAAGUUCGAACAGGGUCAGAAAUGUAAAGAUUUAUUGCUAGUUGCAGAAAUGGACAGUAGAGAUAAGGGUCAUAGCACAAAGGUACCUGGAAAAAACACUGAACUCCAGAAAACAUUCUGGGAAAAAACAGGGAAAAAAGCCUCACUUGAAAAAAAGGAAAAGCAAAAAAAAAAGAGGCAAUGAUAAUGAAUAGAAAAGGAGCACAACUGUUAUUAAGGUACCAGAGUUUUUAUGCAAUGCAAGUGAAACAGUUAAUUUAAGAAUGAUUCUAAACCAAUCUAAAUCAACAUUUGAAUCUCAAAAUAUGUCAAGGUCAAGUGAUUUAAAGUUGAUUGAACAUAAUUUAAACAAUGAAUAU